UAUGACUUUUAACUCACAUGUCUUGAAAAUGGAGUAUGCAAAAUACCAACAAGGCCAAAUGUAAUAGAAUUGAAGAUAGUUGAUCUUGAGAUGCAGCAAUGGAAGAAGGAGCAAGAGCUGGCAUAGACUCAGAAGGUGGAAAAGCCAUAACAGAUCCUCCAGGACUUGUAAUGGAAUCAGGGUUUGGAGGACUUGGACUUGAAGGAAUUGUAGGCAAUGAAGAUUCUGAAGGAGUGAAAGCAGCACUUCCUGGUGUUGGAAACAAAGGUUCAAUAUCUGGUGAAAGUGUUGGAGACACCAUAGGAGAAGAAGAAGAAGAAGAAGAAGGAGAAUCAACACUUGGUAACACUGUUGGUGCUGCUGAAAUUGUUGAAACAUGCAUGGUUUUGUGUGAGGCUAAUAAUGUAAAAUUGCAUGAUGCAAUUAAUAAGGCUAUGAAGAAGAUUAAGAAUGAACAAAGGGAAGCCAUAAAUGAUGUAGAAUCAAUUGCCUUAUGAUGAAUGAAUGAAUGAAUGAAUUAAAGUCUCUAAUAAAUGUUUGUGUCUUAAAAAGAGAGAAGAAGAAAAGAAGAAGAAAAAGGGAAGUGAUUUAUGAUUGAAAGAAGAAGAAGAAAGGUUUUUUAAAAAAGGGUUGUGUCUAAAAAACAAAGAAGUGGUGGUGGGAUCCAAUUUGAGUUGGUGGCAUUUGGUGAUUGGAAACUUUUUUUUUUCAAUCUUACAGCUGCAAACUUUGUGAAUGCUAAGUGACAAAGUUGAUCAGUAAUUGAAAAUGUGGAGCACAUGAAUAGUUUAUGGUAGGUUGCACUUUGGAUAAAAAUAAAUAAUUAAAUAAAUAAGGACC